CACGAGUAAGCUCUACUUUGGAAAUAGGGGGUCCGUCCAGUUGAUAAGCCUGUUGGCAUGGUGUAAAUGAGGUGGGUCUUUCAAGUUACAGAAAAAGACUCAGAUUUUGAUCAGUACUUCCAACGUUUGGUGGUAUGUACGCCAGAUUGGGCGCAGAUGUGGCUGUGCAUUUGACCCCGGGCCUUCCGCUUGCUUGCUGGCAUUGAUCGAAGGUCCGCCAACAAAACACGGAACGGUACAAGCUCGCGCUGUCGCUGUAUUUGUACGCUGCGCUGUGCUAGGCCAACUAAACCAACCCAAACCCAUUCGACGUGGUCGUGUUUUACUUUCAUUCCAACGCAAUUUCGGCCGCCGCUUUGCAUCGCAAGAGUUGACGACAUUCCACUUGACCACACGUACCGUCUCCGUUACAAGUCACGACGGAUAAACGCCUGUUCUACUCGAUCCUAUCGAAUUCAUCAUCGCUAACUUGCACGAUCGCAUACGACAAUCUGCGCAAAUGGCUGAUUCUCCAGGCGUCGGGCAUACCGACUCUAUCGAUUCGCACGACUCCAGCAAGGGCAACGAGAAGAAGAAGAGCAAGCGCCCCGCAAAUACAGCAUUUCGUCAACAGCGUUUGAAGGCAUGGCAACCGAUCCUGACACCUAAGACUGUACUGCCACUAUUCUUCGCCAUCGGCGUCAUUUUCGCACCUAUUGGUGGGCUUCUUCUCUAUGCCAGCUCCCAGGUACAAGAGCUGAGGCUCGAUUACUCCGACUGCGUCAAAAACGCGCCCACCGACAGCUUUGCGCUCAUGGAGUCGAAGGAUGUAACGGCAUCGUUCAAAUCGACCAACGGCUCCAUCGAUGCACAAUGGAAACGCCGAGACAACGUCAGCCAUAUCUACGUUGCCGACCACGCAAUCAAUGUGACGAGAUGCACUCUUCAGUUCAACAUACCUUCGGACAUGCAACCUCCGGUGCUAUUCUACUACCACCUGACCAACUUCUACCAAAACCACCGCAAAUAUGUUAACUCAUUCUACGACAAACAGCUCAAGGGCGAUGACGUGACGGCCGCAAGCGUAAAGGAUUCCAGUUGCUCACCCCUUGCCGCCCAGACCUUCCCAAACAACGAUACCGUGAUCCCCUACUAUCCCUGUGGAUUAAUUGCCAACUCGAUGUUCAACGACACGUUCGACCCUCCAUUGGCCCUGAAUGUGGCUGGCAGCUCGAAUGCAAACGAGACGUACAGCAUGUCGGAAACGGGCAUUGCCUGGUCUACGGACAAGGAUCUCUUCGGCAAUAUCAAUUCCAAUACGGAUCUAGACAGUAUCCAGCCCCCGCCGAAUUGGCAGAUUCGAUAUCCCAACAACAAAUACUCGGAAGAUGCCCCACCACCCAACUUGGGCACCGACGAGCAUUUCAUGGUGUGGAUGCGGACUGCCGGUCUACCCUCCUUCAGUAAACUGUAUAUGCGGAACGACACCGCCGCCAUGAAGCAAGGCACCUAUCAGAUCGACAUCAUCUCCAACUUCCCCACCGAUGUGUAUCAGGGUAGAAAAUCCAUUAUCAUCACGACCAAGACCGUCAUGGGCGGCAAGAAUAUCUUCCUGGGAAUCGCCUACAUUGUCGUUGGAGGUAUUUGCAUCAUUCUGGGUGCCAUCUUCACUGUAACCCACAUGGUCAAGCCAAGGAAGCUCGGCGACCACACGUACCUCUCCUGGAACAACACCACAGGACCCGCAAAGGCACCUGCUGGCCCGAGUGUCGGCAUGUCCACCGGAAGGGACCUCGAGUAGGAUGACGGGGACCAAGCGAAAGGUCGCUGAUCUCGGCAUGAGGAAACUCGGAUGGCCGACCUCAAGAGCAAGGGCGAGUUGUCUAUGGCUCAGGCAUCUGGCAGCCCGGGCGCCGACGGCCAGUGGGAACGAAACAGGCGGGUGCUUUUUGGCGUUUGAUGGGCAAGGCAAAGCCCUUUUUGCAGCGAGUGGCUUCGCAAUAGGAAUAUGAGUUUGGCGUAUGCGGCGUUGUUGUUCAUCAGUGUUUGUGGUAGUGGAAUCGCUUAGUUACAUUGUUACUCUACUGAACUGAGUUCUGUCAUGAACUGCUUGAGCAUAAGCGUAGAGUUCAGGACACGGCUUAUAACCAAAAUUACUCCUGAUGAAAGCCGACGAGAUUACAUGUCAACCCAGCCAUCUAGCGGGCAUUGACCAAGAUAGACUAACACUAUGCGGUAAUUUGAUAAUAACAAAUCUAGCGGUAUCGACUGCACAAUCAAAUCGGGUC